CAACAAUUUCGAAUAUUAAUCGACGACCAAAUUGAUUCUCAUAAUGAGAGUUCUGUUUCUCAUCUACCUUAUCCUCUCUCCAUUUGGAGCUGAAGCAAGAACUUUGCUAGAAAAUCAUGAGGGGCUGAACGUAGGAUCUGGUUAUGGAAGGGGUGCAAAUCUACCACCACCAUCUCCAGCUUCAUCUCCACCGAGCAAGGAGGUAUCCAACAGUGUGUCUCCUACUCGCACUGAUGAGAAAACCUCUGAAAACACUGAGCUCGUUAUGACAACAAUUGCUCAAGGGGAAAACAUUAAUCAGCUGUUUUCAUUUCCAACUUCAGCAGACAAUUACUACCAAUUAGCAAGUUUCAAGAAACUGUUCAUCUCAUACCUUCUGCCUGUCUCAUAUGUAUGGAACCUGAUCGGUUCAUCGUCUUUUGAUCACGAUCUUGUAGAUAUUUUUGACACAAAGUCCGAUGAAAGAUACUGGAAUCGUAAGCCUCUAUCACCACCAUCUCCAAAGCCAGCAGAUGGUCAGCGUCCUCUUCACUCCUAUUAAGCCUCGUAUCUCUAGUUUGGAGUUUUAUUAUGUGUAGUACCAGGUACUAAGUUAGAUUUUAUUUGGUACUUUUGUAAGCUGCUUUAGUUCACUUAUCAAUUAUGGUAAUGGUCGAAUAACUUUUAGCAAUUUAAUAAUAUGGCUAUAGGGUUGUAAUUUAGCGGGUCGUUUGGUUUUGAUAUAGUAAUAAGUUAAGCGUGAAUUAAUAAUAUAGAUAAUAUUGUAAUGUGUAUUUCUUGUUUGAUGUUUGGUUUGAUGUAUUAAUAAUUACUAAUGCGUAAUCAAAGAUGGUGUGUGUUUUGUUUAA